CCAGGGCUAGGUGACAGACAGGAAGCGAAGACGCAAGGCAAAUAAACCAACGUAGACAGAUAGGAUUCCAAAAGGACAAAUAAACUCAAGAUGGGGAAUAGCAACAGCCGUGUGACGGCACAAGACAAAGCCAUCCUCGACCUAAAGCUCCAGCGCGAUAAGCUCCACCAAUACCAGCGCCGCAUCGUGCUGCUAACCGAUAAAGAGACGGACGUGGCGCGGAAGAUGCUCGCCGCAGGCGACAAGAAGCGAGCGCUCCUGGCGCUGCGGCGGAAGAAGUAUCAAGAGCAGCUCCUCGUCAAGACGGACGCGCAGCUGGCGCAGCUAGAGCAACUGACGCGCAACGUCGAGUUCGCGCUGAUACAGAAGGACGUCGUCUUCGGGCUACAACAGGGCACGCGCGUGCUCAAGGAGAUCCACGCCGAGAUGGGCGGCAUCGAGCACGUCGAGAAGCUGAUGGGUGAGACGGCCGAGGCCAUCGCAUACCAAAAGGAAGUCAGCGACAUGCUUGGCGGCCGUAUUACGAACCAAGACGAAGACGAAGUCGAGGACGAACUCGCCGCCCUCGAGCGUGAGGUUAACGGGCCCGGCCCCUUACCCGCCGUCCCCGUCACGAAGCCCAUCGUACCCGAGACACAGGUGGACGAACAGGAGCCUCCUGAUAGACAGCCGGAAAGGCAACCCGAAAGACAAGCGAUGCUUGCAUCAUAACAUAAUAUCACAUCAGGACACAAAGUACACAACACUACUUAGAUUUAGUCUGUUUUUGUAAUCUUGAAGCAUGAUGGGAGUAACAUAUAAAGUGGAAAGGCGGCGCUUGCAUGAUAGUUGGUUUUGAUUAUUGUAUAGAUCUAUGAAAGCGUUAAUUCAUUAUUAUUUCACAUAAUACCAACAUAGGGAUUCUGAAAAGCUGUAUCAUGUUUGGGUGAUGCGCUACACAUUGAUACCCUAUGUAGGAUCGCCUUGGGGUAAGUCUAAUCGACUUUCGUAGCUAGUA